AACUGUUAAUAAUUUAUAAGUGCAUUAGUGAGAAAACUGUCCAACUAUCCAAACAUGAAGGUCCUGAACAGAGACGAGCUGCAGAUCGCUGAAGGAGUUCUGCUCAAACACUUACCGAAGAGUUAUAAGGUGUACGGUUUCCUGUUCGGUAUCAACAGGAACAAACCGACUACACUGGAAGUUGUGGUCGAUACGUGGCCUGAUUUUAAAGUUAUCAUCUGCAGACCGGACCCCGAGAACAAGCGUGCCCUGAAUUUCAUGAAAAAGAUGGCAUACUAACGUUAUAAUAUCAUUAAGUACAAACAUUUCAAACUAAAGCUAAUAUGCUUCUAAAAAUUGGGACAGUUUAGUACUUCAUUAAAAACUGAGGGGACCAAAUAAAGCUAGCUGGUCUGUGUAACCUAGACAUGAGGUAGGCAAGGCUUGAGGAACCAAUUAAUGUUCAUAUCUGAGUAAAUAUGAGACAGUUAUGUCAUCUGCUGAUGAGGACAGCUGAGUGGGGUUAAUUAUGUUAUAAGAGGAGUAAUGAGGUGGAAGAAACUUAUUUUAUUUGGCAGCUUUAUAAGCCAAAGCAGGGUCACCAAAUUCAAUAAGGUGACCCAAUAAAAUGAUUCCCCAGGCAAUGAGUGCUUACAAUCAAACAUCACAGGAGCCAAAAGAUUUAACAAAAAGAACAAUGAAAGUCGCUCUUGGUGUUUGUUGGCUUGUAUAACAAUGAUUAGCAAAAGUGUAUCCCUCACAACUUCUCCUUUUCUUCUGCUGUGCAAUAAAGAAGUGGUUUAUUGUCGGAUGUCUUUCCCACGUAUAUGAUGCGCAUUAAUUUGCAAUUAAUACUCUCCAUGGUUCUCCAAAGUAAAAAACAUUUAAUUGUUA